AUGACCACGCCAACCUCACCAUCCGCAGUCCACGAUGCCACCGCCGACCCACCUAGCCCUCCGUCGCCCACAGCGAGCUUCUACGACAUGAGCGACGAUGAGGAGGGCGGCUACAGCACAAUCAGACACAGCAAGACCGGCAAGGGCGUGAAGCUACUAUACACUAAGAGCAAAGUCUACGUUCACCCUACGCCUUCCGCAAAGGACAACAUCCCUGGUUACAUUGCCUUGAUCCAGCAGAAGCCGGGUCUGGAGAGGUCGACUUCAACUGCAUCACAGACUGCCGUAGGGAGCAGCAGAGGGGCGCAAUCGGAGAGGAAUAGCUUGUUACUGGCUUGGGUACCCGAAAGCAGCCUUGGAAGUGCAUCGGAGAUCUAUACCAAGGUCGAGCUUGCAGAUGGAGACUCUCCGCCUAAGCAGUCAUAUCUAGUCCCUCCGCCACCGAUCACAACUGCGCAUAGCUCAGGGUUAGGGACGUAUGCAUUCGCUGUGCCGUUGUCGGAAGUGUUCAGCAUCCUGGUCAGACCUCCAAGCGUAGGAUGGUGGUUCGGAAGCGUGAUCAUCAACACCAAAGCCGGCGACAGCUUCCCAGCAUUGUUCUUUCACGACUCAGAAUGCCAGUCCACGAUUCAACAACGGAAGAAGCUGCAGAGGGAGAGCUUCGAGAUCUCGGCGAGCGGGCAGGGCAUGUUCUGGGGUGGUGAUGAAGUCCUGCGAUGGCUGAAGCGAUACGUGACUGUUGAGCGGUCAUCACAAGAACCGAACAUCUACCUGAUCGAUCCCAGCGAUGCCGACAAGCUGUCAUUUGGCAGUGGUGGCAAGCCAACAACAGACAACGUCCGGAAUGUGCUUGAAGGCAAGCCAAAGGACCAUCCCAGCCCCAGCUCGCGGACCAAAGACGCACAGAUGGACCCGAUGAUGCAAGCGCUGAAGUCCGCACGCUGGAACUUCCUGGAGAAGAUGUCUCAGGUUACGACAUUUACGAGACGGACGGCGCAGGCUGUGGCGGAGAACAAAAAUGUGCCGCCUCAAGUACGGAGACUUCUGCAGGACCCGCAGGUCCGAACCGUGAGCGACGAGUUUGACUCAGCUAGGCUGUACCUUGCGAGAUGGGCGAUGGGAAUUGCAGAGCAGUCAGAACGCGAGCGGAACCAGCGCAUGUGGACGGCUAGAGAUGUCAUGGAGAUGGAAGACUCCGAAGUGGGCGAGUUUGAAAUCUUGGACGCUGAGCAGAUGAGUCUGACAGACAAGAGGAAGCCGGUCACGCUAAAGGAGUGGAAUGGCUUCUUCAACUCCCGGACAGGCAGGCUGGAAAAGACAGUUGAUGAGGUCAAGGAGCGCAUCUUCCAUGGUGGCUUGAGCCCCGAGGAUGGCGUGAGGAAGGAGGCGUAUUUGUUCCUAUUGGGUGUAUAUGAGUGGGACAGCUCGAAAGAGGAGCGCGAUGCCAAGAUGAACAGCCUGCGAGACGAGUACAUCCGCCUCAAAGGCGCGUGGUGGGAACGUAUGGUCGACGAGCAAGGCACGCUGGAAGAGCGUGAAUGGUGGAAAGAGCAGCGCAUGCGGAUCGAGAAGGACGUCCACCGUACUGAUCGACACAUUCCACUCUUCGCUGGCGAAGACAUCCCGCAUCCGGAUCCUGACUCACCGUUCGCCGAGAGCGGGACGAACGUGCACAUGGAACAGAUGAAGGAUAUGCUGCUAACGUACAACGAGUACAACCGUGAUCUGGGCUACGUGCAAGGCAUGAGCGACCUCCUAGCGCCCAUCUACGCCGUCGAGCAGGACGACGCGGUAGCAUUCUGGGGCUUCGUAGGCUUCAUGGAGAGGAUGGAACGGAACUUCUUACGAGACCAAUCCGGCAUGCGACUUCAACUCCUCACCCUUGAUCACCUCUGCCAAUUCCUAGACCCGAAGCUUUACGCCCACCUUGAAAAGGUCGACUCGACCAACUUCUUUUUCUUCUUCCGCAUGCUCCUCGUCUGGUUCAAACGCGAAUUCGAAUUCACCGAUAUCCUCCGCAUGUGGGAAGGCCUCUGGACCGACUACCUCAGCUCCAACUUCCACCUCUUCCUCGCCAUGGCUAUCCUCGAAAAGCACCGCGAGGUCAUCAUCGACCAUCUCAAAGGCUUCGACGAGGUGCUCAAGUACGUCAACGAGCUAUCUGGCUCUAUCGACCUGCAAUCUACCAUGGUGCGUGCGGAGUCGCUCUUCCUCCGCUUCCAGCGUAUGGUCGAAGCCAUCGAUAAGAAGUCCAACUUCCCUGUCCCUAUAGUCCGGCAACGCCUGCCGCAACCGCCUUCGAGCCCGACGACGACGACACCAGGGGCUGACGGCAAGCCGAGAACGUCUUCGCAGUCUUCUUCCUCGACGGCGAGGCAGAACGCCAACCGCGCGGUUAUUGCCAACGGUCCAGGACCCAGACCAGGCAGUUCGAGCGCGGCUGCUAGUGCGAGUGGGCGGGAUAAAACGACGGGCGAUUUCGUUGCGCAGGGUGUUGGGGCGGAGAAGGAGAAGGUGAUUUCGCCGGAGUUGAGGAUUCUGUUGAGUAAGGAGGUGCCGAAGUUGGAUAAGCAUGAGGUUAGGGAGCAUGGGGGUGGGGUGGGGAGUUGA